UAAAAAGACGGACGAAAUUUUAUUUCACGUUAUUCUGCUUCAACGGAUUAAAAUUGCGAAUUUAUGGUUUUACAAUUUUCCAAAUACAUACUCAAUCUGGCAAUAAGUCAAACUAUAACGAUCGCAAGUGACGAUAUCUUCAGUCCGUUCGUGCGCGUGUUUCGUUUGUAGGUUCGUCCUGUUCCACGCAGGAUAUUUUACAUCGGUUUUGGAUAGGUAGGCAAGUAAACAACGAUCACGAUCGCCGAGAAAACAGCCAAGGGGAAGACGCCAUCGAUGCCUUCAUAAAAUAUUCCUUUCGACAAAUUCGAUUCUCGCAAUCAUUCCCAAUGCAAAUCUGUUGGUGCAGAUGACGUUUCGCGGUGAGAUCGCGGUUGAUCCUCAAGUAAAGCAGCAACAGCAAAGCAACGGACGGGACCGUUCGUAAUUCUGGAGGCAAGAUUACCGGCACCAUUACGACACUCGAGGGUAAAGUUCCGUCGCGACACCGACGGAAGAUCGAUGCUGCCGGCUCGGCUUUGCCACGAAAAAUGGCGAUCCCGGCCGGCAGAAACUUCGCCAGCUGCUACAUGGAACUGUGUAAACAGCAACGACUGCGACCGUUGCCGGUGAUAUGUGUGACUUUGCCUUAUAAUCUGGACUUUACUACCGAUCGUAUCAAAAUGGACGACUGGGGACCGAUUUUGAACUCUCUUUCUCUUGACCGCUCGCUCAAAUCGAUUAGCGUACACAGCAGGUAUCAAUGUCGCAAACCAUUGGAAGAGAUAAAUUCCGAGGACAAAGCGCGAGCGAUGGGCAAGGCUCCAGUGGUCCUUACGCGUUAUUUGCUGGAGUGGCUGUCGCAGAGUGUCGGCCAAUGUGUGAGGAAUUCGCCUAGCCUCACGCACCUCGAGCUCGAAGGCAUCCCCUUUCCACCGGAUUGCAUCGCGGUGCUCUGCGUGGGUUUGUCAGGAACGCAGACCUUACACCAUCUAUCUCUCCGACGUUGUUACAUCGGCGACAACGGCUGCGAGCUGAUCUGUCGAACGAUAGCGGACAUUCGUAGCGUGAGGUCGUUGAAUCUCAGCUACUGCGACCUCACACCGAACAGCGGCAGCGCGUUAGCGUCCGCGCUCUCGAGACAGAAAUUGGCGUUGUACCACGACACCUGGAAACAAUCGCUGAGGUAUCGCGAGCCCAACUUCGAGGCGAUGCCAGGGCUGCGCCGGCUAACCUUGAACGAUAAUCCGCAUCUGGGCAACUGCGCUGUCAGAGAGAUGAUCGAGGCGAUACGCGACAGUUUGUGGAUGAAGGCGCUGGACCUUCAGCAUUGCGGCUUGACGGAUCAGAUCGGCGCGGAUUUGCUAAACCUGCUCGAUCAGAACAGCACGCUGGUGGUGCUCGACGUGAGGAAGAACGUGAACCUGAACGACGAGCUCGCGGCAGAGGUGAUGAGAAGGUUGGUGCAGAAUGACGUUGAGGGAAAGUCAGAAUACAAAUGGAUGGGAUUGGUACCGAAGGACAAGAGAAUCGCGUCGGUUGAUAGUCGAAGAGGCAGCGAGAACGAAGACAUCGCGAAGCCGUCGAAAGCGCGAAGUACCUUUACUAAAUACUCAAGGCGACCGUGUCAGGUGAUCCCACCGAAGAGGACAGUUCCAAUAUCGCUUCUAUCGACGAAGAUGAAGAUCCGACCGCCUUCGCCGCCAGUUCGUGACAUUACUCGGCAACGUGAUUUAAUCCAUUCGCAGACAAUCGACAACGUACAAACGAUGCCCAAGAUUUCCCUUCAUUUGGAUCUUCAGUCUCGUAUACAACCCGCGGCGAAUCGCGACGUCGGAGCGCAGUCGGAACGCAAAGACGUUGCGCGAUGCUCCGACGAAACAAGCCUGAAGAGUUUUGAUUCUACUAAGAUAAAUGUUGGCAUACAAAGUGUGGACCGGCAGGAUGACUCGGAAGAAAUGCAACGUAUUCUCAAGCAGUUGGCGGAAGCUCAAGCGGAACACGAUCGUCUUCUGGAGGAGACCAAACGAACCGAUCUUUUGCUUGUCGAAGAACGAGCACGCCGCGAAACCGCCGAGAUGAAUUUGCGAUCGGUACAAAAGGACGUGGCCGAGCUGGAAUGCGCUUUGAAGAAGAAGGAAAACGAGACCAGAGGUUACCUACUGGUCAGCCAACAGUCCUUGGACGAGAUAUGUAUGUCCUUCGAUCGGCUUCUGGAACUGUUGGAGAACGUCGUCGGCAAAUAUCCGUCCGACAGGACACUGGGCUCACAGCAAAUCGUGAGCGCGGACAUCAAGCGACGCCUGACAUCCGUCAUCAGGCAGACCAAGUCGGAAAACCUGAAGCGAGGCUACAAAGUGGACAUCGAGCUACCGCAGUACGUCGUGGACAGCGCGCGAAAGUUUGUCAAAUCUGAGAGCGAUGUAAGAUCAACGAUGCCGAUCCCGGCGACGUACCUCGAGAGGAAGAUUGGCGAAUGUCCGGAAAACAACGAGCUACGCCAUCGGUGUCGUGACGCCGAUAAGCCGAUGUCGUCCGUCGAUCGAGCCCGAGCGAUCUUCGCAAGCAUCAUUAGCGGCGAGGCUAUGCUUGACUUCUGCUAAUCCGAUCGAUCAGUUGAGUUCGGCCAAUCGUGCAAAGACAGUCAUAUAGUGGAGCCUCUCUCUUUGGAGGUUUCAGAUGUAUAUAUACAUAUUUUGUACACGUAUAUUAUACAUGUAUACACUAUGUUCAGGGAACGCACGCACGCACAAGCCGCGUUUAACCCUUCUAUUACUAACGGAUACUCCAAUUCCGUAGCGCAAUUUCUUUACUAUGAGCUUUAGUUUCGAUUUGAAUGUCAUAAACUUUUAAGUGACGCCGUAAAAGCACGUAAAAAGCUCUUCUUUAGACAUUUAUUAAUAGAUGUCUUUUCUUUGUACUUUGGUGUGUUAUUUGAGAAGUAAAUAAUUUUUAUUUCUAUUCCGAUAUAUACACAUAUUUAUAUACAUAUCCGGUUUUGCGAAAUUAGUAACGGACGUAAAAAAAAAAUUAAGUACUAUAACUCGCUUUUUAUUCAUUAAAAGAUCUGUAAUUGCUUAAUCGUCAUUUUAAUUCAUGAUAAGAAAAUGCAUUUAUCUCUAUUGUAUCGUAUUCAAUUGCCAGGUAUUUUUCGGAGCAAAAAUGAAAAUAACAGACAACGCGAUUUGUUUGUGAAAAAUUGUUUAUUCGAAUAGUCAACCAAUCAGAAUAAUCGCUGGGUUAAGAAAUAUCAAUUAGCGUUUCUGGAUAAACUUUGACGAAAUGUGUAACCCAUCGGUCCGAUGGCGAUGCGAGUAAUCGAGAAGAUCGAUUACUCGCGCGACGAAAAGCGUGUAACGUUCGAACUCAUUUAUAGCCACAUUUUUUUCGUAGCGCGUUAUUGUACAUGGAAUAAAUACUGCUUAUUAUUUCCGUAAAA